AUGGAUCGACGCAUGCUUUCCCGAGAAGAUGAGGCCCAGACGGACACAGUCGUGACCCGGGAGGACCAAAACAACAUCAACAAAUUCUCCACUCUCCAUCAGAAACAAGGAAUAUUAAAGGAGGAGCUUGAGAAGAAGAAUCAAGAGAAGGAAUACAUCGACGACGUGACUAGUGAGCUUGAACUUGCCGACGAAGAUGAUAUGAUACCCUACAAAAUCGGCGAUUCAUUCUUACACCUCCCACUCGAGGAAGUUCAGCAGCUACUCGAGAAGUCGGCACAGGAUAUCGCUAAGGAGAUCGAGGCUCUAGAGGAAAAAAUUGAGAGGAACGAUGAAAUCAUGGGGGAAUUAAAGGUGAAGCUAUAUGCGAAAUUCGGAAAGGCCAUCAAUCUAGAAGUCUAG